AUUUGCAUAAGACCCGUGGCUUAAAUCCAGCCCUGUCACACACCUUCUUCACUUCAGAUGAGCCUUGGAGAAAGAGCACUUCGUCAGCUUUAGAUGGCCUGCCACUAGUUUUUUUUUUCUUUAGAAAUCUGCUCGUUAGUUCAGACGGAGAUGGAGCUUAGAAAGAUGUUAGUAAGUCUGAGCUUAGUUCUGGUUGUUGGUGCUUGGUCGGCGAGAGCAACAACCACUAAGUAUUACACCUACGAGGAGGACGCGCCAGGCACUUUCAUUGGGAACCUGUCAAUGGAUCUGAACAUCGACCCGUCCGAGGACCCGAACACGAGCUUUCGCUUCAUGCAGGAGGGCAACUCAUCGCUCAUCCACAUGCGCAAGAGCGACGGGGUCCUCACGGUGGCGGAGCGCAUCGACCGCGAGAGCCUGUGCCAGCGCUCCCCGCAGUGCGUCAUCGCCUCGGACGUUGUGGUGUUCUCCAAGGAGAAGUUCAACCUGAUCCACAUCGAGAUCCACGUGAGGGACAUAAACGACCACGCUCCUCGCUUCCCACGUGACGAAACGCAGCUCGAGAUCUCGGAGGACGCGGCCGUGGGCGCGCGCUUUCCCUUAGAGGUCGCCAGCGACUUGGACGAGGGCAGCAACUACAUCCAAAGUUACCAGCUUCUUCACAACAGUCAUUUUGGCAUCGAGGUGAGAAGUGGAGACGACGGUGAGAAGGUCGCUCAGCUUGUGCUGGUGAAAGAGCUGGACAGGGAGUUGGAAGACGCAUACACGCUGCUGGUCACUGCAAGUGAUGGUGGGAGCCCACCAAAGUCCGGGUCGACGAUGGUGCAUGUCAAAGUUUUGGAUGCCAAUGACAACAGCCCCCAGUUUGAGCAAGACACUCUUAAAGUUGAGCUCCCUGAAGAUGCACCAGUGGGUUUUCUCUUGGUGAAGGUGCAGGCGUUUGACCCCGACCACGGCGUGAAUGGUGAGGUGCGCUACGACUUCGUUGAGGACGUGUCCGAGGAGAUCAGAAGCACUUUUGACGUCGAUCCCAUCACCGGAGUAGUGACCCUGAAGUCCGUGGUAGAUUUUGAAGAGCGAAAGUCGUACGAGCUGAACUUAAAGGCGUACGAUUUGGGAGAGAACUCCGUUCCGUCGUCUUGUGUCGUCGUAGUGGACAUCGCUGACGUGAACGACAACGCUCCGGAAAUCAAGAUCAAGCCGAUGACGUCACCAAGCGAAGAGAUGGCCUACAUCACUGAAGCAGCAGCGGUGGAGAGCUUUGUGGCGCUCAUCAGCACCACAGACAGAGACUCGGGCGCCAAUGGGUAUGUACGCGUAAGUCUGCAUGGCCACGAUCACUUCAGACUUCAGCAGGCGUACGGCGAGGCGUUCAUGAUCGUCACGGCUUCAGCAUUGGACAGAGAGAAGAUCCCUGAAUAUAACCUCACUGUAGUAGCUGAAGACCUGGGUUCUCCGCCGUUUAAAACCUUUAUGCAGUACACCAUCAGAGUUAGCGAUGAGAAUGACAACCCCCCACAGUUUAGCAAGCCUGUGUAUGAGAUUUCAGUGAUGGAAAACAAAGCACCAGGGUCCUACAUCGCUUCCUUAGUAGCUCGUGAUCCUGACGAGGGAGCCAACAGCAAAGUCACGUAUGAGCUUAUUGAAAAGGAAGUUGAAGGAGUCCUGCUCAGUUCUUUUCUCUCAGUGGACUCAGCUUCGGGAACUCUCUAUGCAAUAAGAUCUCUUGACUUUGAGAAUGUAAAGCAGAUUGAGGUUGCCAUUCAAGCAACAGAUGGGGGCUCUCCUCCAUUGUCGAGCACAGCUCUGGUCAAGGUCAGGGUGGUGGACGAGAAUGACAAUGCUCCUUUUAUCACUCAUCCCAUUCUCAUUAAUGGCUCAGCAGAUGUGCUCCUACCUUACAAUGCGCCGGCCGGUUACAUCGCCCUGAGGGUCAAAGCACGCGACGUGGAUGAUGGGAUGAACGCCGAGCUGUCCUACAGCAUAACAGAGGACAAACAAAUGCUGUUUUCCAUGAACAAAAACUCUGGUGAGGUUGCUCUGAAGCACAGCCUGAUGCUUGAAUAUGGGGAUGUGCUGGAAGUCAAAGUGGCAGUGAGCGACCAUGGCCGGAUGCCUCUGUCUUGCACAGCCACUGUCCGUUUUGUGGUUUCAGAUGUGGAGCCCUUGGAGGAGCAAAUAGUGGUGUUCCUCGAGGCCAGCGAAGAAAAGAAUGAACCCGACUUUGAUGCCUCCCUCAUCAUCAUUGUGCUUCUAGGGGUUGGCUGUGCCAUGUUGCUGGUUGCCAUUGUGGCAGUGGCCUUGUCGCGCAGGAACGUCCCAAGAGGAGGCACCAUCAGCAAAAUGGAGCAGGGUUCUACAGGAUACUUUAAAAAGAGUCCACUGCCAACACAUAGCAUCGACUCAUCUGACUCGAACAGCUUCUCUGGAGGCAGCACCACUAUCACGGAGCAAAUUUCCACCUCAAGGGAUGACUCGUCUUAUUCUUAUGAAGAGGAACCCAGCAGAGACUCUGACAAUAAGGUGUUUCAACCUCUCUUCAAUAAGGCCAAUUUUGAGCCCGUUGCUAUUUGGCAAGGAGACAGAUACACUCUUCAAAUGAGUGGGAUCGGGUCCACUGACCAAACGAGCGUGAAGGACAGUGGGAAAGGAGACAGUGACUUCAACGACAGUGACUCUGACACCAGUGGAGAAGCCAGCCGAAAAAUGACCAUCGUCAGCCACCAGCGAGCUAACAGUUCAUUCCACCCUGGACCAAAGGAUGGGGCCUACAGAACCAGAGAGAUCCCAACACACACUACCAGCACUCAUUUGCGCAAUGGUGGGUACACUAUAGCCUAUCGCACACCAGCCUAUGGACACCACCAAGCUGCCACUCACCAAGCACCUUCCUGGAGGGACUACAGUUACAACCCAGUCCUUCCACGAGCCUCUGAACACCCACCAGUAUCAGUGUGUCAAAGGAUGGGGACACUCCCUUCCCCCUUAUAUUAUUACCAGCAUAAUGUGCAAGCUCAGGUCAACAGGCAAGCUGCAUCUACCACGGAACUGAUGACAGACAUGAUUGCCACACCUGUAACUUCCUUUUGA